AGCUACUUGUACUGGUGGGUGGAUAGUUACAACAUGUGGAAGUCAUAUUAAUCGACAAUACAAGACACCGCAUCAUAUUAAUUUAUCAAAAAUAACAGCAGAGAUUCAAACAAUGAAUAAGUAACGUUACUGUACUUUGGAUUUGAAUGCACCGAUGCAGGUUAGCUUAGUUGUUAAUUUAGCAUUGGCACGUUGUUUACCUUCAGAAACAUGGGAACAGAAUGGUAACGGUACUGCUCAGCAGGUGGACGUCAUACACUGAGCGUCAGCGCAAGAGAUAAAAGGCAGCUGCCAUAUUUGAGUUUAACUGCUGUGCUGAUUAUGGAUGAUUUGCAAAGAGAGCUUCUUGAAGACUUGGAUGAUGACAGUGAUUCCUCGGACGGCAACUCUUCAAAAGGAUCGAAAAAAUCAAAGCUCCCUCUGGUUAAUCCCAUGUGUGCAGAGACUCCAAAGGAAACUGGGUUUCACCAGAGUACCAGAGUCUGUCUGGAGCAGAUCAGAGAAGCCCUGCUGCAUCACAGAUGGCAAGAGGCAGCAGAAUAUAUGGCAUGUUACCCACAAAUGUUAGAAGACCCAACCAAUGGCACAGGUCAGCCAUAUAAGGAGCUUAUUUGGAGAAUCAGCACCGAGAUCCUUCACCAUCACCCCAACUCAAAGAUGGAGGACUACAACAACAUCUAUGAACGAAUGAAACACUCAGGAGUUAGACAUUACCUGAUGAUCUGUCUGGAACAUUCAUUCCACCUGCUGCUUAUUGGUCACAUCGAGGAUGCAAAGCAUCAGCUGUCUGUUGCUGAAAGUUGGAGGCAUGGGAAGGAGUCAGCAGCUCAGUACCAGAGGAUUAAACUGAUCCACGCCUACAGGAGUUUACUGGAUUAUAUCAUCUGGUGUGACAAAAAGUUCACACGCUCCAAUACUGAGUAUCCCGACUCUGGUGACAACCAAGACAUGCACAACUAUUUCAGACAGGCCUCUGUGAAUCUGAAGGAGAUUUUGAAAAAUCCUGGCGUCUGGGAUCCCUUCAUACUGAGUUACGUUGAGAUGCUGGAGUUCUAUGAGGAUCACGAGGAGGCUUUGAAAGUCCUUAAUGAUUACGCAUAUGACAGCACUUUUCCACCCAAUCCCAACGCGCAUGUGUACCUGUACCAGUACUUAAAGAGGCACGAUACUUCAGAGAGGAAACUGAUGAAAGUAUUGAAGAUCCUCCAUGUACUAGUCCCAAGCCAUGAGUUGAUGUUGGAGUACAGCUCCCUCCUGCUUCAGUCAGAGAAAAGAAGUGACAUCCAGAAAGCUUUAGGAGUCGUUAUGGAAAUGUUGGACUUCGCCUGCUGGAGGAGCAACCUGGAUGUAUGGGAGCGUUUGAAGUCCAUUAUUCAAAAACUACAGUUACAAGAAGACUGGAAGGAUGUUGUCUCUGGACAAAUGGCUGCAAGAAAAGACUGGUGGCCUGCGCUGCACUUCACAAGCUUCCACGCCAGUAAAGACUCUGAGGAGAACCCAGAGCUCAUGAAAGUGAAGGCACCACUGACAAAAAUCCUUUGCCCGGACCUAAUGCUCAAGUACACAGCCUCACAGGUAACCAGCGGAGAGUGAAGUUGAGAGAAGAACUCAAAGAGAAAAUCAAAUUGUGUCUUCGCAAUUCACAAUCAAGAACAGAGCUGAGAUGCUGUCAGGCUAAACAACU